UCACUCCGAGGGGGGUUUACUGCUACAAAGUCAUGCCAUUUGGGCUGAAGAACGCCGGAGCUACGUAUCAGAGGCUGAUGAAUCGGAUGUUCAAAAGACAGAUCGGCAACACCAUGGAAGUCUACAUCGAUGAUAUGUUGGUUAAAAGUAGAAGAAGUUGUGACCAUUUGGUGAAUUUGGCCGAUAACUUCUCCACCUUUAGGGAGUAUGGAUUGAAGCUAAACGCCGCAAAGUGUGUUUUCGGAGUGGAGUCAAGUAAAUUUCUCGGAUAUCUGGUGAGUCGGCGAGGAGUCGAAGCUAACCCAGAUCAGAUUCAAGCGAUCCUGGAUGUCCGGAGCCCCCGAACGGUCCGAGAAGUCCAGAAGCUCACGGGAUGUUGGCAGCACUCAACUAUUUUAUCUCGCGCUCCUCGGACAAAUACAAACCCUUCCUUGUGGCCAUCAAGGGGGCCGAGAAAGAUACGUGGAGCGCUACUGGAUGCGAAAACAAGAUACCUACCCUUGGAGAAACUCGCUCUAUCCCUAGUCACAACUGCAAGAAAAUUGAGGCAUUAUUUCCAAGCACAUCCGAUUAUUGUCCUUACCGAUCAGACCUUAAAGGGCAUUUUCAGAAAGGCAGAUCUCUCUGGAAGGAUUUUCAAAUGGGCAGUGGAGUUGGGAGAACAUGACAUCCACUUCAAACCUCGAACUGCUAUAAAGGGGCAGGUAUUGACAGAUUUCAUAGCAGAGUUUAUCAGGGGACCUCCUGUCCUGGAAGGGCCACCCUCUCCUAACAUAACGUCCUCGAAGAAUGAUAAGAUACCGUCACGACUUCUAUGCGUAGACGGUUCCUCCAACAGUAAAGGGUCCGGAAUCGAUAUCUUGUUAGUUUCCCCGGAUGGAGUUGUCGUCGAGCAGGCCGUUCGGCUGGGAUUCAAAGCAUCCAAUAACGAAGCCGAGUAUGAGGCUCUCAUCUCAGGGCUUCGGUUAGCCGAGGCGACAGGAGUUACGGACUUGGUCUUCCACUGUGAUUCCAUGCUGGUAGUCAACCAGUUUAACGGAGAGUUUGAGACAAGGAAUCCUAGGAUGAAGACCUAUCAUCACGAGGUGACAACUGUGAUCCGAAAGUUCGGAAAGAUCGAUAUCAAACAAGUAUCCCGAGAUAAGAAUGUGCAUGCUAACGCCCUGGCUUGCCUAGCCUCAGCACUAGAUCUCUCUCUGCCACGCAGGAUCACUAUAGAGUAUCUUCCCACUUCCAGUAUAGAUAAAGCUCCUGAGGCGAUGGCUGUCAAGGAAGAACAUAGGCAGCCUAGUUGGACAGAUCAUUUUCUCAGGUUCUUGGUAACAGGGGAUCUCCCCAAGUGUUCGAAAGAAGCCAGGAAGAUAAAGCUCAAAGCCUCGAGAUUUUGGAUCUCCCCGGAUUAGAAGCUGUACCGAAGGUCGUUCUCAGGGUCUUACCUACUAUGCGUCCAGAAGGAUAAGGUGGAAGACCUUUUCUACGAAGUACACAAAGGAAUAUGUGGGGGGCACUCUAGAGGGCGAUCCAUGGCUCACCGCAUCAUGUCUCAGGGAUAUUGGUG